AUGAUUGGCAACAAUACACCAGAAGUGGGUGGUGAAGAUGAAGGUGAGAAUGAAAUAAAAGCUAACGAUACCUCUGAAAUACGACCAGAUGGUACGGUGCCAAAUGAAGAAGAUGAGCCAGAGGAUCUCCAGUUUUUCUACGAUGAGUACGAGGAAGAUGAGGAAGACGAAGAGGAGGAUGAAUACUACGAGGAUGAACUUGAGUACUCUCCUACCGCUACCAACGGUGUCACUUUUCCGGCAAACUCUCAGCCUAGUUCUGGAGCUAAAACUUCGGGUGCAGAAACGUCAACCGAACUUCCUGAUGGGUGGGAACGCCAUGAGGAUGAACUGGGCUCGUAUUUUUGGCACAUUCCCACUGGGACUAUUCAAAGAGAAAAGCCUUUUCUGGAUACAAUUGACAAGUCAAUGAUUCGCUCUGACUCUCUUGUUUUUCUCGACAAAUCGGCAAUUAAUGUCGACUAUAAUCCAGCUGAUUUAAUUGAAGAGGAAGACGAGUCUAAGACAGCAGCUGGUUCAGUUGGCAAAGAUCAAAACGACGAAGAAGAGGAUGUGGAAAGAAAAGCUCUCAUUUCUAAAAAGAAAGUCAUCGCAAACUUGCGUCUAACAUUUCCAACUGACGACGAAGAAGAUCCCACUGACACUGAAGACGAAGAUCCCGAGAGACUGAGCUUUGUAGUGCAUUCUCUUGGGUGGCUAGAUGUAGAUGAAUCGCAAAUCAACUCACAAACAGGCUCCAUGGUGAUUCGACGCUGUAUUCAGCAGUUGUCGCGCAAAGCUGAAAGUGUCCGCUGCUGGGGACCAGAUGAUACCCAGUCUUUAAUCCUCCGACUAGGAGGGGAGAAAAUCUGUCUUCUCGAUCCAACAACGGAAACCGUUUUAAGCAUUCAGUUGAUUCGCGAAGUACGAAUGUGGGCUGUUGACGAGCAGAACUACUUUGCCUACGUUGUUAAAGAGCGAGCAAGUGGUGCAGUUGCUGGACACCCGAAAUCUUCCAAAGUUACUGGUGGCAGUAUUCUCAAGUGUCAUGUCUUUCACUGUGACGACAAUGGCACUGCAAAUUCAUCGAGCGCUCAGAGAAUUGCGCUCUACCUCAAGGAUGCUCUUAUUCGCAUCAAAAACAAGGCUCUUCGUAAUAAAGCUCAUGCUACUCGUCCUUCUAAACUACCUUUUGGCAGUUCUGCUAAAAAUCGCGCAGAACGUGAUUUGAAUUCGUUUGAAUUUCCAACGCCCAUUGAGGAGCCUCGGAAAACCAUUCCAGCAAUGUACAUUGGUCUUGUGCCAGUCAACAAGCCCAUGGGCGUUGAAGUGCUUAAUAUGGCCAUUGAGGAGAUUGUUUCCUCGCUGAAGCUUUCGCUGAGCGACGAAAAUGAUGAGACUGAGCUGAUGCGGCACGUUUACGUGCACAUCUCUCCCAGUAACAUUGUCGUCGAGUGUCAGGACACGGGCGCAACACUGGUCGAGUGCCGAGUGAGGUAUCUUUCCUUCUUGGGCAUCAGCUUGGACAAUGUGAAGCGCUGUGGUUUCAUUAUGCAAGUUGAUGACUCUCAGUUUGUGGCACACUGCUUCCAGGCAGAGCCCAGUGCUGGCGCACUGUGCAAAACCAUUGAGGCCGCCUUAUUACCACAAUUUGGUAUUUUUUGUCAAUUAUUGAAAUUCCGAAUUCAGUUUUUAGUUAACUUUCAGGAUGAAAGUCUCUAA